GAUUUUAAGACGUAGAAAAAAAGUUGUCAAAAUAAAUUUGAAUUUCAAUAAAAAAAUUCAAAACAAUUUAAAAAAUUGAAAAUUAAGCUUUUAUAAAAUAAUAGUCGAGGGUUGAUGAACUAAGGACAAUCUAGAGCACAUUGAUUGAGAAUUGUUUAUUUUACAGUGAAAAAAAGUGUUAUAAAAUUUAAUUACAAAAUCAACUUUAAUCAGCAAAAUAAACACAGUAAAUUGAAUUGAGUCAUUGAUUGUAUUUUAUUUAUUAAUUUACAUUGUAACAGACAGCAAAAAAGGAAUUCAAAGUCAAUAGAACUUCAAAGCUGAUUAUUUAUCACCAUGACCGUGCCAAGCUCAGUAGCUACGAUCCAUAGGAGGUGUUCUUUAGAACGCUUCCUUUGCUGCAUGGAAUUAGAACCAGGAGCGAUAUUCUUAGGAUGGUUCUCAUUCAUCAAGAACUUCCUCACAAUGAUCGCAGCAUUUAUCGUGAUUCUCAUCAGAAUCUUCGUUCCAUGUCCACAAAUUGUUGAAUGGCUGAAUUACUUUAAAUUUGAAGCUACACUCGAGAAGUGCAUUCACUACACUGAUGAAGGCUAUGUGUCCUUCACGGCCUUCUGCAUCAUCACUCUCUACAUCGGAUUGACUUACAUUUCAUAUAAAUUUGUGGCUGCAACAAAAACUAGAAAACACAAAGAAGUCAUCCCGUUCAUGACCUAUUUAGCCUUCAUGACAAUCACAUCUUUCCUAUUCAUUAUAAAAUGGACGAUAUCAGCAAUAGUUUUUGGAUUGUUAACUGGAAUAUUUUAUGGCUACUUCCUGCUCUGUGUUGGUGCUAUGUAUGAACGAUUCUUACACGAACAUAACCAAAGACAGCGAGCUGUGAACUAUUUUGUUGAGAAUCAAGACAAUUUUGAUUUUAGAGUUCCAGCUUCUGAGACAUCAGAUGGGAUUAGUAAUAGAAGCUUAGCUGGAAGUUUUAAAUUGAGUCCUUAG